UACGUAGAUUUUUUUCACUCUGAAAAAUAAUUUAAAAUUUAUCGUUAUGAACGAUCGCAACGAGCAGAAUCAAGAUAAGGAAUUCGAACGACCUUCAGCCCAAGGAGCUCAAGGGGGUCGUCAACCUCCUCCAAGUCGGUACAUUCAAACCACCGAGGACAACAAGGAUACAACAUUCGAAAAGUGCGCCGUUACACUCUGUUUGAUCCUUGUAGUUAUCACCUUCCCCCUCUCCUUGUGCUGUUGCUUGACCACAGUUACAGAGUACACUCGAAUAAUUAUCCUUCGCCUGGGACGUCUCAAAAAGGGCGUUCGAGGCCCAGGCUUGGUUUUUUUACUCCCCUGCAUCGAUGACGUCCACAGGGUUGAUAUGCGAACCAAUGUCGCUAAUGUGUCGCCACAGGAUGUGCUUACAAAGGACUCGGUGACGAUCACCGUGAACGCAGUCGUGUACUAUUCCAUCUACAGUCCCAUUGACUCGAUUAUCCAAGUGGACGAUGCCCAGCAAGCCACGGAGUUGAUCUCCCAGGUCACGCUGCGUAAUAUCGUUGGAUCCAAGACGCUGCAUGUCCUGUUGACCUCCAGGCAGCAACUCUCCCGGGAAAUCCAGCAGGCGGUGGCCGGGAUCACAGCUCGCUGGGGAGUUCGAGUGGAGCGAGUGGAUGUAAUGGAUAUCAUAUUGCCAAGCAGUUUGGAAAGAUCCCUGGCCAGCGAGGCUGAGGCUGUGAGAGAAGCGCGUGCCAAGAUUAUUUUGGCCGAGGGCGAGCUCAAGGCCUCGAAGGCUCUAAAAGAGGCUUCCGAUGUGAUGUCCGAAAACAGGAUAACUCUUCAGCUGAGGCAUCUGCAGAUCCUGUCAUCGAUCGCAACGGAGCGACGUGUUAGGAUCAUUUAUCCCAUUCCACUGGAGAUUAUGGAGCCUUUUAUGGGUGGCAAGGAAGUCAGAAAAAAUAAGAAAGACGGUGGUGACGAUGGCGCUGGUGGCAGCAAGGAUACAAAACAAGAAGAGGGAGAAGGAGGUGGUGCAGGAGGUAGCAACGAAGCUCGAAAAGAAGGUGGAGCUCACGGAAUCCUGUCGAAUUUUUUCUUUAGUGGUAAAGAGACACAAAGCCCAAAUAUUAAAGAAGAUGCCGAUGAACCCGGCUCCUCAAGAAGUGUAACGAAAGGUCUAAGUGAUGCUUUCUUAUUAAAUCUAAGUACAGAUGAAAGUCGAAAAGUAAGGACAGAUGAACAAAAUCAGAGGCCUACAUAUGUUGCCUAUGAGAUGGACCAUAUUAAACGGAGUCCAGCGAGUUUUACCUCAAACGAUGACCGGGCCAAGACGACCGUAAAGCGAAGUUCACCGCAGCGAACAGGGGGCCUGGCGUUUAUGGACCUGCAAUCUUAUCGGGACUUCCUGCGAACUCGUUGGUAAUCAGCCGGCGGGCUGGCAACCUCGUGGCAGCAGGACAAUGGGAAGGCCAAGCGUGAAAUGAGCAACAGUCACGUCAGCCAAUGGGGCCGCAAACUUGAUUGAAGGGCAUUAUCCUCGCUCCUCAGCCACAUCCACAUCCAUAUCCAGUGGAGCGACAUUGACACUGCCAUUGAAUGGCCUCCAAGCGGUUUUUGUGACGCGAUAAAAAAUAGCUGAAUACUUGGUAUUUUUCACUGGCGUUAAGAAUGGAACCUCGGUGGGCAAUUUAUCUCUUUUAAUAAAUUGGAAUUUUUCGAUACUUUAAUGUCGGGAUAAAAUAUAGGUGGAAUAUAUAUACCUAUGGCCUGUGGUCUUCUUCAAUUAAUAACUAAA